UCAGAACACUGUCAACAGAGAUGGCGCUGCUUGAAGGAGCUCUGCGUGUAAACCUGCUAGCUAACAGCCGCAGUUUCUACAAAUUCACCUCCUUUGUCGGUGUCCGGUCGUUGUCCGAAAAUGUGUCUUCUAAACCAGUCACGUCCAGCUCCCCAGAGGUCGCUGGCGACCAUGUACUCUACACACAAGAGCACUUUGCAUUAAAGGAUUCCCUCAAAAAGCUUAUCGACCAGGAGAUCAACCCUCAUGUGGAUCAGUGGGAAGCAGAAGGGAAGUUUCCAGCCCACAAAGUCUUCAAGAUCUUAGGAAGCGCCGGCUUUCUAGGAGUCAACAGACCAGCUGAGUAUGGAGGCCUGGGACUCGACUACAGCUACAGUAUAGCCGUGGCAGAGGAGUUGGGCAACAUCCGCUGUGGAGGCAUCCCCAUGGCCAUCGGCGUACAGACUGACAUGACUACUCCCGCACUAGCCAGAUUUGGCUCAGAGGAGCUCAAGAAAGAGUUCCUCCUUCCCUCCAUCUCAGGCGACAAGGUGGCCUGCCUUGGAGUUAGUGAAGUUGGAGCUGGCUCUGACGUCUCAAGUAUCAAGACCAAGGCUGUGAGGAAGGGGGAUGAGUAUGUGAUAAAUGGCGGGAAGAUGUGGACUACCAACGGCGCCCAGGCUGAUUGGAUGUGUCUCCUCGCCAACACCAGUGACGGGCCUCCACACAGGAACAAGUCCCUCAUCUGUCUGCCAAUGAACCUGCCAGGAGUACACAUCGCCCGCACCAUUGAUAAAAUAGGCAUGAAGUCAUCGGACACCGCUCAAGUGUUUUUCGAUGACGUCCGUGUUCCCUGUAAGAACAUCAUUGGCCAGGAAGGCAUGGGCUUCACCUAUCAGAUGCUUCAGUUCCAGGAAGAGCGGCUGUGGGCAGUGGCUAAUGUUUUGACCACAUUGGACAUCAUCAUUCAGGAAACCAUCCAGUACACACGGCAGAGGAAGAUCUUCACACAACCCGUCCUUUACCACCAGGCAGUUCACUUCAGGUUGGCUGAGCUGCAGACCGAGGUCGAGCUGCUGCGCUCCCUCCUCUACCACGCCACAGCAUUGUACAUUAAAGGCAACGAUGUCACCAAACUGGCAUCAAUGGCCAAACUGAAGGCAGGCCGCCUGGCCAGAGAACUGAGCGACAGCUGUCUCCAGUACUGGGGAGGGAUGGGCUUCACUAAUGACGUGCUGAUCAGCAGAUUUUACAGGGAUCUCAGGUUAAUUUCAAUCGGUGGAGGUGCCGAUGAGGUCAUGCUGGGGAUCAUCUGCAAGUACAUGGACACACUUCCCAGGAAGUAAUACGCUUGUUUGGGAUUGAAGUGUGCCUCGCCUGGAAAAUGGAUGAGAGCAGGAGGCAGCAGGGAGCAGUGGUGACAAUUACCACUUUGGACAGACAGUGACCUUUAGUCUGAUUUAUUCCAGUGUUAUGAGACAAACAUAUCAGUUUGUGCUUAGUCGCUGGUAGAUUUAAUUACGAUAGGGUAAUCUAUUAAAAUACUACGCAGCCUCCACUUUACAUGAAUUCUCAGCAUCUCAUGAGUUUGUAUGUAAAUCAGCUGAUAAGGACCUGUCCUUCUCAAACUACAUAAAUUGACUACUUUUUGUGUUAACAGGAAAAACCUUUGAAAUCUGAUUUUAAAAAUUCUAAAUCUCUUAAUUCUACUAAAGUGAAGAGGCUGUGCCGUCGCUGGAGAGCAUCUGCGGCUGCGUUGAUCUCACAGCGUUACCGUUGCUCCGUCAUCGUUAAGUCAGAUCAAGUCGGACCCCAGCGAUCAGUUUUGUAAAGGUCCCACUCACCUCUAGCGAAUGUGGUGUCAUCAAUGGCAACCCCAGGCUCUUAACAGCAUCACACUUAUGCCUAAAUGUUUUGUCCUUUUUAGCAAAGCAGGAUAUUUUGCAUUUGCACCUUUUGAUUGUUUUUUUUUCCCGUUUCCUGCCUUUAUAGACUAAAUAUGACUAAUGGUUGCACUUUAGGUGUAAUGUAACUUGGUGGGUUCAUU